AUGUAUCGUGCUUUUUGGGAUACGAUAUUUCUCAUUGUUGGCUCUUUACUUACAUAUGGGCAAGUACUAGAAAAUUCUACCUCACUAACAACUAUGGCAUUGGCUCCCACAACCACCAUCACCGCAGAAAGUGCUAUCAGCAGCACAGCUAGAGCAAGCACUACCGCUGUUAUCCAAAAGUUUGUGGCAGCUGCAGUCCACUCUCACUUUGCUGACUGCCCUGAGUCUCAUAGCCACUUCUGCUUCCACGGUACAUGCCGCUUUCUCAUUGUGGAGGAGACGCCUGCUUGUGUAUGCCAGCCAGGCUUCAUCGGUAUGCGUUGUGAACAUGCAGAUCUAUUGGCCGUGGUGGCAACUAAUCACACGCAACAUACAGUGGCCACCAUGUUGGUGUUGUGUGUUGUGGCCAGUGUCCUGCUCAUUCUGUUAUGCACUUUGCUAAAUUGUUGUUGGAGGCGGGGUGCUUGUAGGCAACGCCACAACCUUUCCCAUUUCUCAGAAAAGCCAAAUAGAAUCAUCAAGGGUGGGACAUCCUUCUGUCACCCAGAGACAGGGCAGCUAUGCUUUGUAUGUGGCUUCACAGCUCUUUGA